AUGCUGACCAUCACAGACUUCAUCAACAUUCUCCAUCGUUACUACAAGUCUCCUCUGGUUCAAAUCUACGAGCUGGAAGAACACAACGAGACGUGGAGAGAGAUCUACCUGCAGUACUCUGUCAACAGGCUGAUCAGCAUCACUCCGGACUGCAGUCUGUUCGAUGCCAUCUACUCCUUACUGAAGAACAAGAUCCACCGGCUGCCCGUCAUCGACCCGGCGUCAGGAAACGUCCUCCACAUCCUCACACACCAACGCAUCCUAAAGUUCCUCCAUCUUUGGGGAUCAAUGAUUCCUAAACCUCGCUUCCUUCAGAGGCGGAAAGAAGUGGAGAUCGGUACCUUCAGAGAGAUCGCCACCGUCCAGGAGUCGCCCUCGGUCUACGACGCUCUGACCGUCUUCGUGGAGAGGAGAGUCUCUGCUCUGCCUGUGGUCGAUGAUCGAGGUAAAGUGGUCGCUCUGUACUCCAGGUUUGAUGUCAUUAAUCUGGCGGCUCAGAAGAACUACAACAACCUGAACAUGACGAUGCGUGAGGCCAUCGAGUCCAGAGCCUGCUGCGUGGAGGGGGUCCUCAAGUGCUACCCUCACGAGACUCUGGAGACCGUCAUCGACCGCAUCGCCAAGGCUGAGGUGCAUCGUCUGGUCCUGGUACAGGAACGAUGUGGUGAGAGGGUCUCUCUGUCCGACCUCCUUCAGGCCCUGGUCCUCACUCCUGCAGGUAUUGACGCGCUGUCCUCCUAA